GGUAUAAAUGCAGGUGUUUGUCAUCCCCUGAAACCAGCGUGCUCACAGGUUCCCCUCGUCCGGCUCCUAAAACCUCCCAACAUGAACUUCUUCGGUGUGCUGUCCUGCUUCAGCCUGCUGCUGGCAGCUGCUGUCGCCCAGGACCCAAAACCCUGCGUUUCUCCCCCGCUGAUGAGUGGAGGCCUCACUGUGAUGACUGGCGACGGGCUCUUGUUUUCCGUUGGAACGAUAAGUUAUGAUGCUUUUGGACAGAGGAUGCGGGUCAGGAACUACGGGUUUGCCAGCAAUCAGACUUUCGGUCUGGACCAGCUUAUGCUUUUCAACCAGAAAGUCUAUUAUGAGAUCGACUGGAGCAAACUGUCUUGCAAGAAGUUUGCGCUCGAUGCCUCCUUCAAUCCCAUGCGCGUGCCCACUGAUGCAAAGCUGGCUGGUCAGGUCUUCAUGGGCUCCUCCUCCUCCUGGGGAAUGGGUGCACUGGUCAACACCUGGCAGGGAAGCCUUCCAAACAACGGCAUGUACACGACCGUCUUCACUGAGAUCGGCUGCAUCCCACUGACCUACACCAGCUUCACACCGACUUCUGGAUGGACCACCCUCAGCACCUACAACUGGGUCCUGGGAAACUCAAACCCCAUGGAUUACAUCCCACCGUUCUUUUGUGCCAAGUCUAAGCUGGAGGAGACCGAGACACCACGCACCAUCUUCACUGCCCUGGAGUCUCUGGCCGUGAAGACCAAGAAAGAGGAGUAAACAUGUCGAGCAUCGCUCCAAAAAUAAUCGCCAAUACUGCUCCUGUCAGUGCAGCGAUCAUCAAGGAAAAUAAAGAAAAUUGGAUUAACAUGAUUGGACUGGAGCUACCUGUUUAACAACAAGUCUACUGCAAUGUCUAUGUCAAACAACUGUAUGUGGCAAAGCUCGCACACCUCAAUGUUUGGAAAUUUGUAAGAUGGUGAGAAAAAUCAAAUCUAGACAAUCGGUGGGAAAUUACAGAGAGAACUAUAUGUGAGGGAAACCUUUCAGCAACGCCCAGUGGAGCUCGAUCUCCCGCUUUGUGUAUCUCUGUCAUCCUCUUCAGUAAAAUCAUUUAAAAGUA